UUCCACCCGACCGGAAAUGAAGAGGGACUUUUGUAGUUUUAUUUUGUAGUUCCGGCCACAAUGGCGGAUGAUGUUGUCAGCACUGAGGCUCCUUCUGAAGGAAACACAGCUGUCGGCUCCACCACCAGCGCCAUGGAUUAUUUACAGGACGAGAAGUCUGACGCUGACGUCGUGGCCCCGCUGAACCUGGGGGAUCUGGACCUGUCCUCGGACGAGUUCAUUCUGGACGAGGUGGACAUCCACAUUCAGGCCAAUCUGGAGGACGAGCUGGUGCAGGAAGCUCUCAGGACGGGUGUGGAUCUGCGUCAGUACUCUAAGCAGGUGGAGGCGGAGCUACAGCGCAUCGAACAGGCCUCGAUCAAAGACUACAUUAAGGAGAGUGAGAACAUCGCAUCACUGCACAACCAGAUCACCGCCUGCGACUCCAUACUGGAGAGGAUGGAGGGCAUGCUGAGCAGUUUCCAGGCGGACCUGUCGUCCAUCAGCAGUGAGAUCGAGACGCUGCAGCAGCAGUCGGUCAGUAUGAGCGUGAGGCUGAAGAACAGACAGGCUGUACGCAGUCACCUCAGCCAACUGGUGGACGAGCUGCUCGUACCCGGCACCAUGAUCAGUGUGAUUCUGGAGAGCCCUGUGACGGAGCAGCAGUUCCUCGAGCAGCUUCAUGAACUCAACAAUAAGAUCAACUUUGCCAAGGAGCUGAGUUUCAGAGAGACGCUCGCCUGCGCGGACAUUCAGGACAUUGUAGAUCGCCUCAAGAUCAAGGCGGUCAGCAAGAUCCGUGAGUUCAUCCUGCAGAAGAUCUACUCGUUCAGGAAGCCCAUGACCAACUAUCAAAUUCCUCAGAACACACUCCUUAAGUAUAGGUUCUUCUACCAGUUCCUGUUGGCCAAUGAGAGGACGGUAGCGAAAGAAAUCCGGGACGAGUACGUGGACACCAUGAGCAAGAUCUACUACAGCUACUUCAAAUCCUACAGCAGCCGUCUGCUCAAAGUGCAGUAUGAAGAUGUAGCAGAUAAAGAUGAUCUGAUGGGCGUGGAAGAUACGGCCAAGAAAGGUUUCUUCUCCAAACCGUCUCUGAAGAGCAGGAACACCAUCUUCACUCUGGGUCAGAGGGAGGCGGUGCUGACCCAGGCCGAGCUCGAGGGGCCCAUCCUGAUCCCACAUGCCGUUCAGCGUGCAGACUCCAGGUACCCGUACGAGACGCUGUUCCGCAGUCAGCACUACGCUCUGUUGGAUAACGCCUGCCGUGAGUUCCUCUUCCUGUCUGAUUUUUUCAUGGUGACGGGAAAUUCAGCCCUGGAUCUGUUCAACUGCGUCAUGGGCAAAACACUCAGCAUGUUCCUGAAGAACAUCGCUACAUAUGUGUCAGACUGCUAUGACAGCAUCGCUGUAUUUCUGUGCAUCCACAUCAUCCUCCGCUUCAAAAACAUCACAGCCAAGAGGAACAUCCCCGCCCUCGACAAGUACUGGGAGGCUGUGUUGGAGAUGUUAUGGCCAAGGUUCGAGCUCAUUCUGGAGAUGAACAUCCAGAGCAUCCGGGAUACAGAUCCUCAAAAACUCGGAGUGCUGGACACCAGACCACACUACAUCACCCGGCGCUAUGCGGAAUUCUCCUCUGGUAUAGUAAGCAUAAACCAGACGUUCCCUAACGAGAGAACCAACGUCCUUCUGGGACAACUACAGAUCGAGGUGGAGAACUUUGUGUUAAAGAUGGCUGCUGAAUUUCCCUCCAGACGCGAUCAGCUCAUCUUCCUCAUCAACAACUAUGACAUGAUGCUGGGGGUUCUUAUGGAGAGAGCAGCUGAUGACAGUAAAGAGGUGGAAGGAUUUCAGCAGCUCCUCCUGGCCAGGACGCAGGAGUUCAUUGAGGAGAUCCUGGCACCGCCUUUCGGUGGGAUGAUCACGUUUGUGAAGGAGAGCGAGGCGCUGAUGGAGAAAGGGCAGCUGGACAAGCUGAAGAACGAUGAAGUUCGUAUCACACAGCUGGUGCGUGGUUUCUCCAGCACAUGGAAGCAGUCAGUGGAGUCUCUGAGUCAGGAAGUCAUGCGCUCCUUCACCAAUUUUAAAAAUGGCACCAGCAUCAUCCAGGGGGCGCUGACUCAGCUCAUCCAGUACUACCAUGGCUUCCACAAGAUCCUGUCCCAGCCGACGUUCCGCAGCCUGGCCGUGCGCUCCGAGCUCAUCAACCUGCACCACCUCAUGGUGGAGGUCAAGAAACACAAACCAAACUUUUAACGCACACACACACCUGCUGGAGAGAAGAAGAACAGGAAGACCAGCGCUGAUUAAACACCUCACUUUCAGUGGAGGACACUUUCAGUUCUGAGAUUUCCUUUCCCUGUAUUUUUUGUUCUGUUUCCCAAAACUGGUGUUCUGGAGAAUGUAAAUACGAUAUUAUACAGUGUAUGAACACAGUUAUAAAUGUGUUACGUUAAUGGAAGAGGGACCACAUUGUAAAUAUUUAAUUUAUCUGAACUGCUGUGUCGUCUUGAUGAUUAAUGCCUGAUGUGUUCGACCAGAUGAUAUUGGUAUUUCAUGACUGACAUCUUACGGUUAUAGAUACUGGGUUUAAACAAAUUUGACAUUUCAUUCAUUUUUAAAUGUGAAUUCUAAAGCUUAAAUCUAAUAGUCUGAUUGGCUGUGACACCCAGUUUCAGUGUAUUAGAAGAAUAAAAACACAUCUCUGUA